AUGGACAUUGCACUUGCCUGGAGUAAAGGAUCGGCGAAGUUGGCAUGCAGUCUUCUGAAUGCGUCCAAUAGUCGAGACCUCCGGAUGCAACACGAGGCAGAUGAACCUCCUACUCUAGGAGACUAUAGAAACCUCACCUGGGGUCUCGAGAGUCACACCAUUGUGUCUUGGGCCAAUCUCAGACGAAUGCGCGCCAUACACGUACAGAGGAUGCACGGCCCAACCGGUCUUUCGCGACUUGUGGCCGAUUUGAUCGCAUCGAGGCGCGACAACGGCACCUUCGAUGCCAUCUUCAAGCUCAUUGGCGAGGAGUUGCUGACGCUGCUGCAGCUCUCUGCGUCUAGCGUGCCAGAUGACGGUGUCAGAGUCUUCGAGUUGCUGGAGGAGUUGAGUCCGCAGAGAACCACUCGGGCCUCUAGAUUCCUUGAGAGAUGGCUUCGUGGGAAAGAGCCUGGCACGGAUAAGGCAAGAGUAGAGAUACUUACGGUCAAAACGACAUUCGAAAGUGCCGCAGAUGACAUGGAUACAGGCUGCCUCUACGUGAUCCCGUCGUCGUACUAUUGA